UUUGGUUUCCAGACUCAUGUGAUAUCACACUGCUACAAGUGCAUUUCAAAUGCGGAAAUGCGUGAGGAGUUCAACAAGUCCCAUCCUGAGUUGGAAUCGCUGGAUGAAGACGAGAUUGGAAGUGAGCUGCGUGAAACCUUCGAUACGCUGUUCAUUUCUUUGAAAGCCGAGCUGCUGUCUGCUCUCGAACUAGGUCAUUUACUCGUAGCUGCUCAUUCCAAUAACAUGCCAAAUGGCUCUGGAGGUCAUACCAUCAUCAUGGCUCACAAGCAGCGGCUUCCUGAGCUGAAGCUACCUAUCUUCUCAGGCGGCUAUGUGGAAUAUGCGGAUUUUAUUGCCAUGUUCAAUUCGGUCAUCGAAGGGGAUGCAGAUCUCAGUGAAAUCGAGAAGUUCCAACAUCUUCGCUCAUGUCUCUCGGAUGCGGCCCUGGAUUCGGUUCGAUCGUUGGAGCUCUCCAGUGCCAAUUAUCGUGUGGCUCUGGACAUACUUAGCAAACGUUUUUAUAAUAAACGACUUGUUUUCCAGGCACACAUCAAGGAGAUUCUUGGGCUCAAGAAGGUAGAUUCGCCUUCUGCUAAAAGGCUUCGGGAGUUUUCGGACGCAGUCAACUUGCAUAGGCGUGCCCUGCAGACAUUAGAAAGUGCUGAGGAGAUAUCGGGAUGUAUGAUAAUCCACAUGCUGCUGUAAAAACUAGAUGCGAAGACCCAAACCAAAUGGGAAGAGGCUGCGUCAGCGGACAGGAUACCCACAGCUGGGGAGAUCUAUGAUUUCCUGGAGAAGCGAUUCCAGAAGAUGGAGAACGUGCAGUAAGCUAUAGCGACACACGCUGGUAGCGCUCAGGCAAGGGGAGUCGUCUAGCAAUGUUUUCUGCUCAAAGUCUCGAGUGGCGCCACUAAAAUCAUUGUCGAUUCCAAAGCUGGAAUUGUGUAGAGCCCAUUUGCUUGCGAAGGUUAUGCGCAACUUAAAGGAGACGGGAAUCUUCCCAGGUCAGUUUAACUGCUGGUCGGAUUCGUCUACGGCGUUAUCUUGGAUUCGGGAUGAGCCAGCCUAAUUUCAGGUUUUCGUGGCAAAUCGAGUGGCAACAAUUCAGGAGUUGACGCAAGGCAUGGAAUGGCGCUAUAUUCCCACAUCGUUGAAUCACGCUGAUAUCCUCUCCAUAGGCUCGCUUCCCAACCACCUCAUCCAGUCAGAGCUGUGGUUUCUCGUUUUUAUUAGGUUCUAAGGAUGAGUGGCCUGUAUCUCCCGUUUCUGAAACUCCGACCAUUGAACUUCGCAAACGUGCAUUGCUGAUCGCGUCUCCACAUGCCGAUCUCACGUCCGGAUGCAAAUUUGCAAACUCUUUCUUUGGCAUGCAGCGCACAUUCUCCUACAUUCAUAAAUUCGUUCAUCGUCUUAGGCAUCCUGGACUCACGGCUUCUGACAUUCAGCAAGGAACGCAUCUUCUUGUUUGACACGUUCAGCUGGCAAGUUUGUGGUCGGACAUAAAGGAGAUUAGACGCAAUGGGCAAGUCAGGAAGUCUAGCUCCAUCUGUUCGCUAUCUCCGUUCAUCGAUCCGUCUGGUUUACUUCGAGUUGGAGGUCGUCUCGGCAACUCAUCGCUCCCGUUUAAUGCUCAGCACCCGCUUAUUUUGCCCAAGGGACAUCCCAUAACGUCUGCAAUGAUAAGCUAUUAUCAUCAACGGAACCUCCAUGCCGGACCUCGUGCCUUGCUUGCUAAAAUUCGAUUAGAAUAUUGGCCUAUUGGAGGAAACAAAGCCGUCUCGA